AUGGUGAAGGCUAUGCAUGCCUCCUCUGUCCUUCUGGGGACAUUGAGUGCCAACACCCUAAACUCACCCACGGAGGUGCCCUCCUGUGGGGCAGCUGAGAGGGGAGGGCGCAGAAGGAAGAAGGGCCUACUUGUCUGGGCCUCCGCAGGGGUGGGCUGGACAGGGCUGGACGGCUCGACCACCGCCGGCUCCCCAGGGGCCUCGGCGCAGGAGACGUGGGGCAGCCGGAGCCUCGGAGCAGCCGCCGGGAGUUCAGCCGCCGCUGAGAACAGAGAGGGCAUCCACGGGGAUGCGCGGUGGCCUUGCUGGCCCCCGCCCUGCCUCCAGGCCCCUGCACUCUGGGGGCCCAAGUCCCCAGGGCUCCCAUCCAAGUCAGGAAGGGGCCCUGUGGCAGGGCCCGCAGCCCCGACUCCUGGGCCUAAACGGAAGCCGGCUUCCAGCCCACACACUCGGGCAGGUGGGAGACCCGCUGCAAAGAAGGCGGGCCUGGGGGGGUGUCUCCUGGCAGCGCCCUCCGACUCCGCACCGGGACCGCGACUCUCGGCUGCCGGCGACCACCGGUCGGCCCUCGCUGACCCUGUGUGCUCGCGCCCCAGGCUGCAUCCCCCUCGCGGGGUGCGGGUCCGCCCGGGCCCCGGGGCGCUGGGCGGGGCUGCGCAGGAGCGGCCGCCCCGCCGCCAGAGACGCGCGCAGCCCGCUCGCCGCGGAUCCCCCGCCGCCGGCGCCCGCUCCCCCGGCGUUCCCUCGGGGCGGCGGGGCGGACUGCCCCUCUGGCGGCCCGUUCCGCCUGGGCGCGGCCUCAACGCCUCGGGAGAAACGCUGACGGCCCCGCGACCCGAGGGGCCGGAAGGGCAACCUCUGUGCCCCGAGGCCCCCGGAGGAGUCAGGCCCCAAGGGGCUCCGCUGCCUUUUCCCGUCCCACUGCUGGUUUUCGGGGUCCCAGACCGGCGAGGCAAGGUGCGGCGGAUCCCGCAAGGCCGAGAGCCAACUCUCGGGGCGGAGAGUCCCCCUCCUGGCCACUCGUCCCCUCGCCCGCCCCGCGCUGAGCUCCGUCGCCCAGGCCCAGCGCUGGUCCAGGAUCCAGGCCACAGUUUCUCUCUGGCUCGUGAAGGCGCGGCCCCAAAGGUGCUCUUAGAACUCACUGUAUGGGGAAAAGCACUCAGAGGCCGGGACCCUUGGAGGAGGGUCCUCGUGGCAGCCACCGCUGCAGAGGCGAAGGGUCUAGAAAGCCACGAGCCCACCACCGAGGAUGCACUGGGGUGUCAGCAGGCACCCAGGGAGGAGUGUACCACUGGCCAGCCACAGUGUGCGUGAUGCUCAUGAGAAAGCAAGCUGCCCUGUAAUGUGUACACCAUGCCCGUUUUUAUAAAA